UAUGCUGCCUACCAUCCUAUUUUGACUCUUAAUACCUUUGAGGUUUUAAGCAGAGGUCAGUCAGCCCCCUGUCAGGGAUGCUUUAGUUAUGAUUCCUGCAUUGCAGGGGGGUUGGUCUAGGCGAUCCCAGGGGUCCCUUCCAACUCUACAAUUGAUGCAGUGUUUCUGUGAAUGUGUGAGAGAAGACUAUAGAUGUAAGAAAAAAAUCAUCUCAUUUCUGGGGUCCCGUAUAGAGCCCCUUGGGAAGGUCUAUAUGGGUUUGAGAGAAGAAGCAGAGGCCAACCAGAGUAUAUGGAAGCAAAGCUAUAUAGAAUGUAUAGACUUAAAUUAUCAUCUUAUUUCUUGUGUAAAUAAUAAACUUUAUUGUUUUACCUGUACCCGGUUCUUUAACUUAUAUGCGUACUAUGUAGAUCACGGAAGGGCAUCAUGCAAUGUGUGGGGGGGAAACACCAUUUGACAGCUUUUAUGAAUGAGCCCUCAUUCACUGAAUGGAUUGACAUUGUGAAUUGGUGUUAUUCAUUAUAGAUACAGUAGAUGGCGUUGUGUAGCUGUCAGAGCUCUUUCGCUGCUGGGAAAGGAUAAAGUAACUUUAUACAUAAGUAUCAAUUAUUAUACCUAUUUUCAUUCGGCUGAAAAUAAUUUCUUAUAACGGACACACAGCUCCUGCAGGAAACACCGUCCUGGGGAAUGAGGAGGUUCUGGAACGUUGCCUUGGUUGGAGAGUUCUAGGUUGGCUGUGCUCACAAUAGGUUACCAAGGGCGCUGGGAAGAGGAAAGAUGCACCUGGAACCUGGGCAGUACAGAGGGAUGGACGCCUGCUGGCACUGACCAUGGCUGGUGGGUACCAGCUUUGGGCACCCUGGUCUCCUCUUGAUGAGUCCCUGCAAUGGCUGAGGGGUGCCCGGUCUGUUGGCACCAAGCACCCCUUCCGAAGUGGGCAGAGCCCAGCAGCAGCUGACCUGGAAGUACAGCUUUGCUUCCAGGGACUUAGCCUGGUGUUAGAGCCUGGUGCAAAGACGGGGGCAGGGCAGCCGCGACCUCCUGGAGCCGCAGGAGAGACAAGGGGGCGCUCCAGCAGUGUGCACAGGCCACAGGUCGUGCGCCUCUCAGGGCUUGACUCUGUCUUUGGACACCUCGUGACAGCACAGCCCCCACGCUGGACUGGCUCUCUCAGGGUUUCUGAGCCCUCGGCCUUCAGUCAAGUCAUAAGUCCCCGCCAGCGCUGGCCCCGUGGACUCCAGGAGCCACAAGUGCGUGUGGCUAUGGCCAUGUGCCGACAGAUGCUGCGAGCCAUCCUUCUUCUCUAUGCUGUCUACAAGAAAUGUGCUUUUGCCCUGCAGCAUUCCCGCUGAGAAACUUUCCUGACUAAGAAGGGUCAUGGCUCCGUGGCACCUUAGCAGAUCCCUGUACAUGUGCCCCAGCAGGCUGGCCUAUUUCCUUACUCCCCAAAGAACCGGCAGCCUCUAUUUCUCAGUCAUGUUCCUCCCAUUGAGAGACAAAACUUAGUUACCAGUGUCAGACUAUAAGGUGUCACUCCAUGGAGGGACACACUUCUCAGUUUGCAGAGUCCACCAUAUGGCCUUUGAUCCCCUACAAAGAAGAACGGACAAAGGGUUCUAUAGAAACUCUGAAGCUAUCACCCUUGCAAUAUGAGUGGCUCUUCAAUGGAAGGAGCAGGUCAGAUACCAGAAGAGUAUAAAAAUAAAUAGUUCGAGAGCAGUGGAACUUGGAUCUAACUUGAAUUUUCCCUCUUCCUCAUUGAUUUAUGAUAUUCAGAGACAUGUAGGUUAAAUAUAAUUUGUACAUCCUUAGGAGUAAAGGAGAUUAUUUCCCCCAAAGCUGCCAACCUCUUGUUUUCAACGUGCUAAAUGGAGCCUGUAGGGAAAAUAUUUUAAAAUGGAAGCGGAAAGCUAUUUGUGAAGCAGAGAGACUUUAAAUUUUCAGCACUGGAGAAACAUUCUGCUCUACUGAAUGAAAAUGAAAAACAAUUGUAAAAUUAGUUCAAAUAUUCAUUAGCCAACAAAGGAUAAUAUGUGGAACUGAAGACCACACAGCCAUGUUUGUGGAUUGUCAGGUGGAGGAGUUUCUAGAGCAUAUAUAGAUAGAUAUAUAUAACCUUUGGCUACGAAAACUCAUCUGCCAACCUUCCUCAGCUAAUCAAGUGCAGAAAUAUUUUGAUGGUGAAUUAUCCCCUGUGUCAUCUGCCAGUUUUGCCAACUCAGUCUUCCUCUAGAUAAUUUAUGUAUAACUAGAAGCACUAGACCGUCCCCCAGUCACCCCCACACAACACAGCAAGGAUGGAAUAACAAAAGCCCCACAAAUGGAAGCCUAAGGUUGUGGCUCAGGUGGGCCUUGAUUGACCAGUGGCACUCACAAGCCCCUCCAAUCAGUCAGAGAGAGGUGCUUGAGCCCUUUUGAAAGUUGGCAGGGGGGUACCACCUGGAGCUAUUCCCCCCCUUCCCUGCAGUUAGAGUACUCAGGGGAUUGGUGCUGGUUUAUUUAGGACAAAAGUUUGGACUGUGGUUGGGCUCUUGUUUCAGCAUCUGGGGCUACAUUAGCCCCCUUCAAUUCCUAAAGCUACUUGUCCAAAUUCAGUGAUGCCCCCUGCCAUAUCUACGCUUUGGACUUGGAACUCUUUAAGCACUCAGAGUGGGUGACUGAGAUGCAGUUAGAGGAAUGAGCUGUUCUGGGGUUGGUUGAUAUCUGGCAGCAAGAACCCCUCUGUGGAGGGUGGCGACUGGUGGGCAUUAAUCCUCCCUCCUUGCCAUAGGCCAGCCUGCUACCUAAGACUGCCCAAGACCCCCCCAGGCCUCCAUCCUGCUGGAUAAGCAGCAUACCAUUAUGGAUAUGCCAGGAUGCUUGCCCAUUUGGAAUGGGGAAAUGGGAUGUUAAUGCCACAUGUCUAAUGGGAAUGGGGCUUUUGAAUUCUGAAUUACAGCUAAUGUAGUUAUUGCUCACUUUUGUAGGAUUCUAAUCCACAUGGGAAUUGCAAUUAUUCAGUUGCUGAGGAGAAAGCCAUUGGCUCUGUGUGCUUGGAAGUUAAAAGUUGAGUUAUGCUGGGAAACUGGUGGGUGAAGGUAGGGGAAGGGCACGUGAGGUGGAGGGAGAGUAGAACGCUCUAUUGCACAAGUGGAAAUAUUUGCAUCGGGCUUCCACUGACAGGACUCGUCAGUUGAAUCCCACCCUAUACGUCCAGAUAGAACAACACUAGAGAAUCUGAUAUUGCAGAACACGCCCUUACAGCCACCUCUGCCAUGGAGGUCCACUGGGGUUAGAAGUGAGGGACAAUGUUUGUAGGUAUGUGCCUUGCUUCAUGCUUUUGAAAACCAGGGCAAUCAUGAUUGACAGCUAGAUGAUAACUUACCAAGGAGGAUGGCAGAGGUUUUCUGGACAGUGCUGUAGAGUCAGAGGGAUGCUGGUUUGGUGCGUGAUGUGCUGGGCAUCAUACAGUGGAGUCUGCUGUUUGAGCCAGCUCUUCUAGAUGAUUUAAAAUGUGCAGCUCUGUCUUUUCAGGGAUUGGUGUUGCCUCAAGGGGCUAGUGACAGUGUUAGAGGGCUCCAGAGAUCCCUUGGCCUCUUUAUGAAGGCUGGUUUAGAGGUGGCUUCUAUAAAAGUGGGGACAAAGGGGAUCCUGGAGAGAGAAGCGCAGAUCCCUUUACUGGAUGCACCUGAGAUCAAAAUACAGGGAACCAGUAAGUGCUCUAAGACAGCACCCGAUAUACUCCUGCCUGAACUUGAAAAUCUCCCGUGUAUUUCUUGCCUUAUACCAAGGAUAACAGUUUGCAUCUGGAUCACCAUGCAAAGGAGUUUUUCUGUGAAGCCCACCCAGCCAGCCACUGAAUAGAAGGAAGGGGGAGGUACCUGGUGGUGUUCAUUGACCAAUGCUGCCACCAGCCUUUCAGACACAGCUUUUGUGUGAGUGUUUUUGCGGAGUCUCCCCCAGGAAUUUCUUGGCUGCAAGUUCUCAGUCAUCAGAUUUCAUUGAGCUGGUCACAUCACAGGCAAACAUGUACCAUACAUCACUUGCGAUAAGGCUGUUAUCCAGGAUAUCCUGUGUCAUCUGUACAUCCAUUUUCACAACGCACUCACUAUAGCAACUGGCAUACUAGGUGGGGAUCAAGUGAGGAAUUGUGGGGGAGAAGAGGAAUUUCCUACUGAAGACUGGGAAACUUAAAAUGCCUAUUGAAACAGCCGCGCUUAAAGGGAAAAGCUGUUGAUUGUGUGCAGCUUACAGGCAUUGCAUGAAUAAACUUAUCCACCCUUUGGAGCAAACUGUCAUCUAGACUUUUGCAUUAUGGAUAUGC